AGGGGAUCUUGUGGCUACAAGGGCAAAAUAUACAAGCCUGGGGAAAAUUUAAAGACGAAUGCAACAAGUGCAUAUGCAACUUCAACCUAAUCCAAGAUUUCGUGACUUGCUCCAAGAAAAACUGUGAAAGACAAUGUAAAUAUAAAGACUGUAAAAGGACAAUAUGUCCCAAUAUUACUUGUCCACAAGGCUCACAUAUACCUCCGAGAAGAUGCUGUCCAGUGUGUAAUAUGAAACUGCCAAAGGUGAUUCAAAUUGAUUUGACUAAUAAGGCUGUCCCAAAGGUAUGCAAUGGAGAUAUAUGUGAAAUGCACUGUCGCAAUGGACACCAAAAAGACAACGAUGGAUGUAACAUAUGCGACAAAUGCAAUAAGGAUCCAUGUUUAGGAAAUAGAUGCUCUGGAAAUACAACGUGUGAUGUAAUCAAUGGUACAGCAGCAUGCCGAAAAUGUAGUCGAAAAAUGUGUGGAAUGUACUGCCAGUUCGGUUUCCAGACGGAUGGCAAUGGUUGCGAGAUUUGUAAAUGUAAAACGAAUCCUUGUCUGGUUGAUCCAAGGCCGUGCCAAAAGGGCAGUCUUAAUCAAGUAUGUGUUGUACGAAAUAAUAAGGCAGUCUGUGAGAAAUGUCCUGGGAUCUGCAUGAUGUCUUGUGAAUAUGGAUUUAAGACAGACAGUAACGAUUGUCCAGUGUGUGAAUGUAGAAGAAACCCAUGUGCACAGCCGUAUCAAUGUCCAGAAGACAAACCUUACUGUGUUGUUGAAAACUACAAGCCAGUUUGUCAAAAAUGCAGGCCCAUUAGGUGUAGCAUGUUCUGCCAAUUUGGAUUGGAGAUGGGUUCAGAUAGUUGUCAUAUAUGUAAAUGUAAAGACCAUCCAUGCAUGAAUAAGACUUGCCCUCCUUUACAUAUUUGUGAAGCCCAAAAGGAUAGAGCAUGUAGGAAACCUAACUGUCCUCCAAUUGCCGAAUGCAAAGAGCACCCCGCCUUAGCAUGUGCACAUCCAGAAAAAGAUACAACAGGAUAUAUAAAAAUAUGCACUGAUACCAAGAACUGCAGUGAUGACUACAUCUGUCUGAUGUCCAGAGGACAAUUCCCAGGUGUAUGUUGUCCUCUGGCGCAAUGUAGGUACUUCCUUAGGCUUUACAAUAUCAAUGAAAUCGUACCUUCUCUUGACGGUUGCAAUACUUGCUGCUGUAUGGGUGACGGUAAAAUUGGAUGCACUACGAAAACGUGUCCUAAAAGAGGCUGUGCUAAUAAUGGAAAUAACUAUAUACAUGAAGAAAGUUUUCCUCGUGGCGACGGUUGUAACACCUGUAAAUGUUCUGAUGGGGAUGUUGAUUGCACUAAAGCCUAUUGUGCCCACUGUGAGGAAAAUGGUUUACUGUAUGCUGUAGGUGAAUAUGUGAACCGAAACGAUCCUUGUCUGAUAUGUCAAUGCACAAAUAAUCCAUUAGACAUUACGAGUGCUAAAAUCGUGUGUGCCGUCAGAUAUAGUUGCACCCAAGCUCCGGGCCUCACUCCUAAACUUUCACCCAGUCCUGACAUGUGACUCCAAGACUGU